GACCGUCGCCAACAUCGCCAAUAUGUCCAGCCAAUUCGAGCUCGCUCAAAAUCCCACCGAGCCCAUAUCCUCUGUCACAUUUUCCCCGCGCACCCCGACGCGACUGCUGGUCUCUUCGUGGGACAGACAUGUCUACCUCUACGACACACACGGCGAGCCUGGCGGCAAGCUGCUGCAGAAGUUCGAGCACCGCGCGCCCGUGUUAGAUGUAUGCUUUGGACGCGACGACAACGAGGCAUUUAGCGCUGGGUUAGACUGGGAAGUGCGGAGAAUCGACCUCGCCUCUGGCGCGCAGACGGUCCUAUCCACCCACUCCCAGGGCGUUCGCAACAUCGUCUACUCCGCCGCCCACAACCUCCUGAUCUCCGCAUCAUGGGACUCCACACUGCAUCUGCACGACCUCAGUAUUCCAGGCGAUUUCUCCGCCAUCAACCUCCCCUCAAAACCCUUCUCUCUCUCCGCCUCGGCCACAAAAGUCGUCGUCGCAAUGGCUAGCCGUGCUGUCAACAUUUACGAGCUGUCCGCGCUAUCCAGCGCCGCUAAGGCCGGUGGAGAGACAGUCACCGUCGAGCCCUGGCAGCGGCGAGAAAGUUCCAUGAAGUACAUGACGCGCGCCGUUUCGUGCAUGCCCAACGAUGCCGGGUACUCGAGUUCGAGCAUUGAGGGUCGUGUAGCGGUGGAGUGGUUCGACCCCAGCGACGAGAGCCAGAGCAGGAAGUACGCCUUCAAGUGUCAUCGUCAGAAUGUCGAGGGCCAGGAUGUUGUGUACCCGGUCAACGCGCUUGCUUAUCAUCCUGUGCAUGGCACGUUUGCAACAGGAGGGGGUGAUGGUGUGGUGGCGCUGUGGGAUGCGGUGGCGAAGAGGAGGAUAAGACAGUACCAGAAGUUUCCUGCGAGUGUGCAGACUAUUGAGUUCUCGGCGGAUGGGAAGUUCAUGGCUGUUGGUGUGAGCCCAGGGUUCGAGGACGGCGUGGAUGAUGUGCCAGAUGGUGUCAUCAAGGUCUUCAUCAGGGAGCUGGGCGAUACAGAGGCGCAGGGCAAGAAGAAGUAGAGGAUCAAGUAGGCGCAGGGCGGAGUACGGUGUUCACUGGGCGCUCGGCCGUACUGAAGGAAAGGUCAUUUGUACGUUGCAUACCCAGGUCUGACACGAGAGAUCACACAAUGAAAAGCAUCACACAUUACUCUUUGGGACUGGGCAAGACGGGACUGGUACCCCUCCAAAAAUCGAAAUACCACGUACAUUUUGAAGGAAUUAAAAAAGAAAAAAAACGUUGUACGGC